AUGGCUUACGGCAACGACAAGGCUGCUACACCUCGUCUAGAUCAGACAAACCCGACGGUCAACGCCUUACCCGAUCAAAGCAGCCUCACUAGCCCACACGGCCAUGAUGGUGACACUGCACUCGAUGCCAGCACACCGAGCGAGGAGGAUGCCAUUCGAUACCCUUCUAGAUUCAAGCUCUUCGCUCUAAUGGUUGGCCUUCAGCUCGCUGUGCUCUGUGUCUCUCUCGACAACACAAUCAUUGCCACUGCCAUCCCCAAGAUUACGGAUCAGUUUCAAGCCCUCAGUGAUGUUGGGUGGUACGGCUCCGCCUACCUGCUCACUUUCUGUGCUCUUACUCUGCUCUUUGGUCGACUAUACAAGAUGUUCAGCGUCAAGUGGGUGUUUCUGAGCUGCCUGGCCCUCUUCGAAAUCGGCUCCCUCAUCUGCGCCGUCGCCCCAAGCUCCGUUGCCUUGAUUAUCGGACGCGCCAUUGCAGGUCUCGGUGGCUCGGGCAUCUUCUCGGGUGCCCUGGUCAUCCUUGCCUAUACCACACCUCUUGCUAAGCGACCCAUCUACACGGGCCUCUUUGGUGCCAUGUAUGGAAUUGCGAGUAUCAUUGGUCCAUUGGUGGGUGGUGCCUUCGCCGAUCACGUCACCUGGCGUUGGUGCUUCUACAUCAAUCUGCCCUUCGGGGCCGUUACAGCUACUUCGCUCAUUCUCUUUCUGCAUUUGCCCAAGCGUCAGAAAAACCAUGCAGCCGGUACCUCGUUCUGGCAAACCAUCAACAGCUUUGACCCUUUUGGGACCAUUUUCUUCCUGGCCAGCGUCAUCUGCAUCCUUCUCGCCUUGUUCUGGGGUGGCAGCAAAUACUCGUGGGGUAGCGGCCGCAUUGUUGCCUUGCUCGUAGUGUUUGCCAUUCUGCUAGUGGCCUUUACGGUUAUCCAGUACUUCGUGGGCGAGAAUGCGACGAUACCCGGCCGCCUCAUCAAACAGCGCAGCUUGGCAAGCGCUGCCGCUUUUGCCAUGUUUGUCGGGGCCUCUUUCUUUGUCAACAUAUACUACAUACCAAUCUGGUUUCAAGUUGUUCGCGACACGUCGGCCACAACUGCAGGCGUCAAUACCUUGCCCCUCCUCAUCUCCUUCACCGUCAGUGCCAUGGGAGCCGGAUCCGUCGUCACCAAACUCGGAUAUCCUACACCUUUCAUGUAUGCUCUUUCUGUCAUUGGGUCCAUUGGAGCUGGACUCUUGACUUUGUAUACAGUCGAUAUCUCGACGGGCAAAUGGAUUGGCUAUCAGAUCUUGUUUGGCUUCGGGAUCGGCAUUGGCAUGCAGCAGCCCAUUCUCCUUGCGCAGGCUGUUGUCCCCCUCAGCGAUGUCCCAAUAGGCACUGCCAUCAUCAUUUUCUCCCAAAUGUUUGGCGGCAGUCUGUUUAUCAGUGUCGCACAGAACGUGUUUAUUACAAAGCUUGUGGAAGGUCUGGCAGGCAUUUCCAACCUUGGCGUUGAUCCCAAGAGCAUAGCAGGAGCAGGAGCAACAACCGACCCGUCGCUUUUCGGCAUCACUGACCCCGCUGUUUUGUCCCAGAUGAAAGUUGUAUAUAACAAUGCGCUCGUGUGGACGUUCAAAAUUGCCCUUAUCACUACCUGCUUGAGCGCCCUUGCAGUCCUGGGGAUGGAAUGGAAGAGUGUCAAGGCCGAAGAGAAGCCCACAAACAAUGACGAAGUUAACACGGAUUCUACUGAGAGUCACGUGGAGAAGAAAGGUUGA